AUGAAAUUCGGUGCAAACACGCUCUGGGGCCUCCUCGGCUCGUCCGCUGCAGCGCUCCGCUCCCCGGUCGCCUCCAAAGCGCCCCUCGACGCCCUCGCCUACCCACACCAGCAUGUCAUCUCCACCCCCGCCUCGCUGGCGCUCGCGUCAUCGCCUCCGCCGCCGUCCACCGCCGACCUCGUCCAGCUCCACAAAAGCCUGGUGCAAAUCCCGUCGAUUUCCGGCGCCGAGGCCAACACCACGGCCUGGCUGGCUGGCUACCUCCGUGCCCGUGGCUUUACCGUCCUGAUCCAGCCUGUCGCCCCCGGCAGCGGACGGGCCAACCUCUGGGCCUAUGUCGGCACCACGCGCCAGACACGCGUCCUCGUCACAUCGCACAUUGACACGGUGCCGCCGUUCUGGCCGUACGAGCGCAAGACCGCCGACGGCCGCCUCUUGUCCGACGACGACCCCGUCACCGCCUCGGACGUGCUCUGGGGCCGCGGCACGGUCGACGCCAAGGGCAGUGUGGCCGCUCUGGUGGUGGCCGUCGACCGGCUGCUGCGCUCGGACGCCAUCCGCGAAGGCGACGUGGCCCUUCUCGUCGACGUCGGCGAGGAGCGCGGCGGCGACGGCAUCCGCGCGGCCAACAGCCUCGGGCUGGCCUGGGAGGCCGUCAUCUUUGGCGAGCCGACGCGCCUCAAGCUCGGCCGCGGGCACAAGGGCGGCCUGGGCUUCAACGUGACCGCGCACGGCAAGGCCGGCCACUCGGGCUACCCAGAGCAGGGCGACAACGCCAUCGACCGCCUCGUCCGCGGACUCUCGGCGCUGUUGGGCGUCCGCCUCCCCGGCAGCGCCGAGUUUGGCAACACCACGCUCAACAUUGGCACCAUCCACGGCGGCGUCGCGGCCAACGUCAUUCCUGAGACGGCCGCCGCGACCGUUUCGGUGCGCGUCGCUGGCGGCACGCUCGAGGGCAUCCAGACGCAGAUUGCCGAGGCUGUGCUGGCCGUCGAGCCGUCUCUGACGCUCGACUUUGCCUAUGGCCGGGGGCCCAUCUCGCUCGACUACGACAUCGACGGCUUCGACACGGUCGUCCUCAACUAUGGCACCGACAUUCCCGGUCUCCAGGGCGACCACAAAAAGUACCUCUACGGGCCCGGCGACAUCCUCGUCGCCCACUCCGACCACGAGCACUUGCGCGUCGCCGACCUGGAAGGCGCUGUCGAGGGAUACAAGACGCUCAUCACCGAGUCGUUGAAGAGGAGUCGCACGUGA